UUAGCUGAUGUUUUGAUUUGAAUAUUGAUUAAAAGUUCAACUUUGUGGAAAUUAUUUUUCAAUAAUGAGUGUAGAAUUGUGGUUCGAAACCGACAGUGAGGACGAGGAGGAUUAUGCUAACCUGGCAGCAGAACGUAGGCGGAUCAGGGAUAACUCGAAUCCGCUUGAUCAAACAGAAAAAUCAUUCAUCCGACUGUUCAGAGUUUCAAAGGAUAUUUUUGUAUACCUUCUGGAAAUCAUUACUGCAAAAAUCAACCCAGUUCAAUUGUCCACGUCUGUUUCUCCAACGGUCAUGUUAGCGGCAUCGUUGAGAUUUUUUGCAGAAGGUAAUUACCAGAAAGGUGUGGGAAACGACCGAUAUAUUGGCUUGGCACAACCAACAAUGUCAAAAGUGCUGCAAAUUGUAUUGGACAUCAUUGAAAAUGAAGUGUGUCCUACUGUUAUCCAGUUUCCGUCCGAAGAUCGAGAAACAAAUGCCAUUAAACUGGCCUUCUACCAGAAAACUGGAUUUCCAGGAGUAAUUGGAUGCAUAGAUGGAACCCACAUAAGCAUCAUCCCACCGGCUCGCGAUAAACAUCUGUAUUAUAAUCGGAAAGAAUUUCACAGUCUGAAUGUUUUGUUGGUUUGUGAUAAUAACUUAAUGAUCCGCUAUCUCGAUGCUAAUCAUCCAGGAUCCUCCCACGAUUCUUUUGUAUGGAACGGCAGUUCAUUAAAUCAGCUGUUAUUACAAAGGUACAACAACGGGGAGAGGAGCUCCUGGUUACUCGGUAAUAAAUUAGUUAUUGAAUAUAUUGAAAUGGAUACAAAACUAUCUAAUCGUGAUGCUGGUUACCCUUUGAAACCAUUUCUCAUAACACCUUUCCGUACAGGUGCCAAUACCACCGAACGACACACUAGGUUCAAUGACAUACAUUCUAAAACCCGAAUCACCGUGGAACGGUCCAUUGGAGUGGCCAAGAAUACGUUCCGGUGUUUAUUAGGAGCAAGACAACUUCAUUAUACACCUGAAAAAGCCACACAGAUUAUCAACGUUUGUGUUGCCCUACAUAAUCUCCGCAUUCAACAUAAAAUGGAUUACGACGAACCGGAAUUAGCAGAUGAAGGAGAAGAUUUAGAUUUGCGUGAUGUUAACGGAAAUCAAAAUGAGGGAGUAAGAAUCAGAGAACAAAUUUUGAAUAACAUUUUGUGAACUGCCUUGUUGUUGCUGCUUCUUGAAUACAAACAAAAAAGGAUAAAAUUAAAACUAAUUAUUCAACCAUA